AUGCUUAGUACCCUCAACGACUGCGUCCGCACCCUUCUGUUCCAUGCAUACAUGCCCCCACGAUUCUGGCCAGAUGCUCUUGCCACGGCGACUCUCCUCGUCAACAUCCGCCCGUUUCAUCCCCUCUGCGCCGGCCCCGCCUGGUCCCUCGGCAUCUCCGUCGCCCGCAGCGCCCCAGUCGCCCGCGACACACGAGCCUCCGGCGCCCCCGUCGCCCGCAGCAUCUCCCUCGACCGCCUCUUCAUCGGCCGCUCGUCGCCCGCCUCGCUGCCCGUCGCUGCGGCCCCCGGGCCCAUGCUCAUCCGUGCACGUGCGGGUGUGCGGCGGCCGUCUACACACUACCCCGCCGACCAGUACGUCCGCACGGCGUCCCCGUCCGCCUUCUGUGCUGGCGGCAACAGCGUCCUGCCGCACGACGGCGGAGUGCCUCCCAGCCGUUGCCCCGACCCAGAACCCGGUCGGACCGGCCGGCCCGGUCGAAACCGGUUCUCAGACCGGUGCCAACCGGGGUGGUGUCCUGUGGCCUCCGCUCCCUCGCCCGAUCGUCCGCCCGGUCAAACCGGCUCCCCGGCCGGACCACCUAGCCAGCCGCCCGGUCAGACCAGCUCCCCGGCCGGCCCACCCAGCCAGCAGGCCGGUCCAACCGGCUCCGCGACCGGCCCGCCCGCCGCUGGUGCGCCUACCUCCGCCCUCUCGCCUUGCGCAACCCGCAUUGGCGCGCUGCCAUGCAGGAGGAGUACGAUGCGCUGCAGCGUAACCAGACAUGGGAGCUGGUUCCCCGGCCCCCUCGCGCCAACGUCAUCACCGGCAAAUGGGUCUUAA